GGGCGGCGCUGUUUCGCUCUUCUGUUGACCGGAGGGGAACUUCACGGCGUCUACGGGUGUGGCUUCAAAUGUGAUAAAUCUCUACGCGGGGAAAGAAUGCGCAAAGGCUUUACGGAUUAGGACGAAUAUUUACUAAUUACUCAGAUAAAACCCACGGGAAAAGGUGGCGGGGUAGAUUAUCUGGCAGCGGGGGGUUCUGCGUACGCACGGUUUUGAACAGCUGGAAUACUUUUUUCCCCUGAAUGCUGAACUUCGUGGGCCGUUUUCGUGUGUUUGACCUGCUCCGAUGAUUGGUUGUAAGGACUAGCGGAAAGUUAACCAAGAAAAGUUACUCUAGCAGUAUUUUGGACUAAAAGGGAACAAAUGCUGACACCCUGAGCUGUGACUCAUUGCUGUCUGCUUAGAAAGCCCCCAAAAUAAACGUCGUUUUCUCGUCGCAGAUGAACGAAAUCCGUCACGUUUGUUGCUAAUCGCCAAAAAGGGAAGUCGACUCUUGCUUAACGUCGGUCCGUGUUUUUGUUUUAAAGCGCAGGGAGAGUGGGGGGAUUUCAGACUCCUUUUCUUUUUCUGGUAAACUUCCCCAAUAAGAAGCAGAGCUGAAGCGCGCACUGGGAACCAUGGGCUGCACCGUGAGUCAGGAAGAUAAAGCCGCGGCCGAGAGGUCCAAAAUGAUUGACAAAAACCUGCGAGAAGAUGGAGAGAAGGCGGCCAGAGAAGUGAAACUGCUGCUGCUGGGUGCUGGUGAGUCGGGGAAGAGCACCAUUGUAAAGCAGAUGAAGAUUAUUCACGAAGAUGGCUACUCAGAAGAAGAGUGUAAGCAGUACCGAGCAGUGGUCUACAGCAACACAAUCCAGUCCAUCAUGGCCAUCAUUAAAGCCAUGGGCAACCUCAAGAUUGAGUAUGAGGACAGCUCCAGAACGGACGAUGCCCGCCAGCUGUUUUCCCUUUCUGCAGAUGCAGAGGAGCAGGGCAGUCUGCCAGAAGACCUGGCCAAAGUCAUCCAGCGACUGUGGGGCGACGGCGGCGUCCAGAGCUGCUUCACACGCGCCCGAGAGUAUCAGCUCAACGACUCCGCAGCUUACUACCUUAAUGACCUGGAGAGGAUAGCCAAGUCCGACUACAUCCCCACACAGCAAGAUGUGCUGCGGACCCGAGUCAAGACCACAGGCAUCGUGGAAACACAUUUCACCUUCAAGGACCUGCAUUUCAAGAUGUUUGACGUCGGCGGCCAGCGUUCAGAGAGAAAGAAGUGGAUCCACUGCUUCGAGGGCGUCACAGCCAUCAUCUUCUGUGUUGCCCUGAGUGCCUACGACCUGGUGCUGGCAGAGGAUGAGGAGAUGAACCGGAUGCAUGAGAGCAUGAAGCUGUUUGACUCCAUCUGCAACAACAAGUGGUUCACAGAGACGUCCAUUAUCCUGUUCCUCAACAAGAUGGACCUGUUUGAGAAGAAGAUUGAGCACAGCCCCCUGACCAUCUGCUUCCCCGAGUAUUCUGGCCUUAACAAUUACAAGGAGGCUGCAGCUUACAUCCAGAGCAAAUUUGAAGACCUGAACAAGAAGAAGGACACCAAGGAGAUCUACACCCAUUUCACAUGUGCCACUGACACCGAGAAUGUGCAGUUUGUGUUUGACGCAGUCACAGACGUCAUCAUCAAGAACAACUUGAAGGACUGCGGCCUCUUCUAAAAAUCCGAUCAGAGGAAGACUCAAGAUUACUUGAACAGUUCUGAUGACCAUGACGGCGGGUUGUUUAUACAUACACCACGAAUAACUGCACUGUCCAAUUCUGCUUCAGUCUGCUCUUCUUUUUUAUUAAAGACACCUAAGAAACAGAAAACCCAACGAGCCUUCCAGAUUAUCCAUCAAAAAGAGAUCCAGUCACUCAUCGUUGUCGGCUCUUUUGGCUCAAAUCAACAUCUGUUAUUCGAUUGUUUUGUUUUUCCUUUAUUUUCAAUUGCUUAAGGAGGGAAAGGAUUUUUUUAUAUAAACACCUAAAUUUAACUUGUAGAUCCUGAUGUGCAAAUUAUGAACGUUUUAAUGAUGUGGAGCUUAUUUUUAAAGCCUCAGCAGAAGCAUGGAGAUUAAAAUGAAAUGAGAUUCAUAAAAAAAGAGAAAAAAAUCAUAAUAAAAAAAAAUAAAAAUAAUGUUUACAUUAGUUCAUCAUUCAAAGCUUAACCGUAUAUUAUUCUGCAUGUCUCCACAGGACCAAUAAUAGCUCUGUAAUCUGCACAAAUUAUUCUAACAUUCCUACAAAAUGAUUUCAAAAAAUAUAUUUUUCUUUCUUUCUUUUUUUUUUUAUAAAAAUAAAUAAAAAAAAACAUUUUUUUCACCUGCAGGGGAAAAUUAUGACAAAAUGCUAACAUGUAUUUAAAGUCCAUGUGUACCUAACAUGCUAUCACUUUUUAUACUACCAUUCAUUUCUGUCUAUUGCAGUAUGUUUUGUGCCUUUUACUUCUGUUUAGGGCAGUUCCCUAGAUAUACUUUGAUUCCUACUUUGCCUCUAAAUUUGUUUUCUUUGUAUUUUUUUUUUCCUCAGCCUAUAAUGUAUGAAUAUAUAGUGAUUAUUCAAGAGAGAUGGAAAUCUAAUUAAGAAAAAAGUUAGCAUUUUUUGGUAAAAUAUUAGAAUGAUUUGAAAGGUCUUAUACGAUUUAAUUUAAAUAAAGUAGAAAUCACUCUUGCA